AUGCUCGUUAUUAAAGGCCUACCUUUAGAGAUACCACCGGAUGUUGAGUUGCCGCCAGGGCUUUCACUUGCAAGGCAAGCCGCUGCCCACGCAAUUGAAAAUAGUCCUACCUCAUCGCCCCUGCAGAAAUUCGAUAUACUUUUACACUUCGUCAAUGAACUUCUUAAAAGCGGUUCUGAAUCAACAGAUUCCCUUUUAGAGGAGAAUGUAUGCAUUGUGGUGAUCAACAUGGCAUAUUACUACCAGCAAGUGACAGAAAGGCUAAUAAAAAAAGCUUACACUGAGGACUCCAAAGAAGCUUGGGGGAACAGUGGCCUAUACAACAAAAAGUCGAUUGGGCUGCUACGUUAUCUAAUUGACUCGGGAAUCGCUAAUACCACGAAGUAUUUAGGGUUAGUAGAGACUUUCACGAAGUGCUGGACAUUGUCGCAACAAUUAAGUAUAGUCAUGUUGUCGUUGUCCAAGCUAAAGUCUCGAAUUUGUGGCAACAACACUGGCCAAGAAUCUAAAAAAAGUAGUAGCAACCGGUAUGACAGACUUCUGGAAUUUCAAGAGUCGGAUCUGAAGGACUUGGCAACUUCCAGCCUGCUUUACGCGCGAUUAUGCAUUGGAUGUCGUGACUCGUGUACAGAGUUGACGAGCACAUCUGUAGGGGCUGCAUGUCAUCCUUUAACGCAAUACCUGGAUACGCUAACCUUCAUUUUGCUGUCACUCGAUCGUUACAAAAAUGAUGAAUGCGGGGCCUCUAUUGGCAUGCUUGAGGCUGCAACUGAAUGCCUUUCUCACGGCUUAAUUACCAGUAAGCAGUUGAAGCUGAUUCAAGAAAGCACAAAGCUCAAGACGAAGAUGGCAUUGAAAUUAAUUGAACUGAAAUCAGAAAGCUCCAAUCUGCGAUCCAAGUUCAAAAUAUUCAAGAAAAACGAUUUUGCAGGCAAGCCUGAAUUGCAUCCCCUCCUGCGGUCCACGCUUGAAGACUUUAUUAUGCCAUUAAUGAUGCUUUUGCAUUAUCGAUAUGUAAAGACCAACGAUAAAGUAUUUUUUCAACCCAUAAUAAGAGAUCGUGAGGAACUGGUCAAGGGGUGGCCGCAUGGGAAAACACCAGAUGUUACAGGCACAAGCUGGGCUUUCGAUGGCGAACAGCUGAGAGAAUUGGACACUUUGGGAGGAUCUGAAUAUUACUGA